UAAAACCCUUGUCUGCUACACUAAAUUCCCUCGGUCGGCAUGGCAGUAAGCACUGGCGGGGCGGAGAAGUUCCGUCGUCGUAUGGAUCGUCUCCAACAUCAACCCUUCGCCCCUCCGAGAGAAAUAGCUGGCGCUGCAGUGGAUCCCAACAGACCAUAUGCUGCUGUGGUGGAACUCCAUGAUGGUAUCGCCAAGGAUCUGGGUUGAAUUUCGAUGAAGGCUUAAUCAGAUACCUCCACAAUUGCCGAAUUAAAAAGCGGUUGCCAGUUUUAACCCAACGCUUAAUUAUGAGCAUGAGUUUAAAUGAUUCUGUGUAUGCACCGCAUCGUCUCCGUCAAGUGAUUGAAUUGUGGAUUGACACCAGUGAAUUAAUUGAAAGAAGUGCUGCUGAACCUCCAAAGGCUGACGUACAAGGCCUUCUGCAGCAUCUAUGCGAAUUUCAGGUUAUGCUUGAAGAGCUCCGUGAGAUAAUUGCAAAAUUGGUUCCUGCCCACCAAGUUCUGCUGCUUGAAAUUGAGGAACCAGAUCUCCACGAUACUUACGAGAAGAUUGAAAAGUAUGAAGCUGAUGUGGUCAAGAACUUAAUUCGGAUAAAGAAGAUGUUGUUCCGCCUCAGGAUAAAACUAGACCCAGUAAGGGGGUAUGACUGGAAGACAAGAAAGAAUAUUUAGAGCAAGGCUGGUUUAUUGUCAAGUCAACCUAUCUAAUUAUCAUGCUAUGGUUCUGUUCUUUCUAUCAGAUUCUCUAUAUUCAGUGGCUUUUGUGAUCUGUUUGAGUCAUUUAAUGCUUGGCGGGUUCAGUAUCUAAAACAGUCUCAGGGCAACUACCAUCAAUUGUUUCCUGUGUUCAUUUUUCUUUUGUAUAUACUUUUCUUGAAGAUGAUUUGAAGCAAACUGUUUAUAGUGAUUUGAGAUGCAAAGCUUGUCUAGUUUCAGAUGAUCCAUAUUUGUUGAUCAAUCAACAAUGUUAUGCAUC